AUGUACCAGCUGCUAUGUAGUAUGUUUGUAAAGGUUCCAUGGAGGAAAUUGACUUGCAACAACUAUGCUUCUCCAAAGUGGAUAUUCAUUCUAAACCUGGCUGCUUGGGGUAGAUUGAAUACAAAGGACAGGCUGGCCAAAUGGGGUAUUGUAAGUGAACAGAAGUGUAUCUUGUGUAAAGAGCAGAAUGAGAUCAUUACACAUCUCUUUUUUGAGUGCAAAAUUUCUACUGAAUUAUGGGGAAAGAUGCUUCUAUGGCAAGGGAUACGAAUAUCUGUUAUGACAUGGAAAGAAGAACUACAUUGGGCUGUUUCCAAGAUGAAAGGCGAGAAUGUCAGUGCUGAGAUCUAUAGAAUGGCCUUUGCAGGUUGUGUUUACUAUAUUUGGCAAGAGAGGAAUCUAAGGGUAUUUCAGAGUAACCAAAGAAGUGUUGGGAUGAUUACAAGAUAA